AUGGCAAGCUCACUGUCGUUGAUAUACAAGUAUGCCAUCCCGGUCGCCGUCGGUGCGUCUUUUGUCCAGGCGUCAAUGUAUGAUGUGAAGGGAGGAUCUCGCGCAGUUAUUUUCGACAGACUCUCUGGUGUGCAGGAGAAGGUUGUCAACGAGGGCACACAUUUCCUUAUUCCAUGGCUACAGAAGAGCAUUAUAUAUGAUGUCAGGACAAAGCCCAGAAAUAUCUCUACAACGACCGGAAGUAAGGAUUUGCAGAUGGUCAGCCUGACACUCAGAGUGCUACACAGACCCGAGGUUCAGAAGCUGCCUGUGAUUUACCAGCAACUUGGACAAGAUUAUGAUGAGAGAGUCCUCCCGUCCAUUGGAAACGAAGUUCUCAAGUCAAUUGUUGCCCAAUUCGAUGCCGCGGAACUGAUCACCCAGAGAGAGGCUGUCUCAAACCGCAUCCGUACCGACCUCCUUCGACGUGCUAAAGAGUUCAACAUUGCACUUGAGGAUGUCUCCAUCACUCAUAUGACUUUCGGCCGCGAAUUCACCAAGGCUGUCGAACAGAAACAGAUUGCGCAGCAAGACGCAGAACGAGCUCGGUUUAUCGUUGAGAGAGCUGAGCAGGAGAGACAAGCAAACGUCAUCCGUGCUGAGGGAGAAGCAGAGAGUGCUGAUAUUAUCAGUAAAGCCGUCGCCAAAGCAGGUGAUGGUCUGAUUCAAAUACGAAGAAUCGAAGCCAGCCGAGAUAUCGCCCAGACGCUAUCCUCAAACCCCAAUGUCACAUAUAUCCCCGGCGGCGAAGGUGGGAAGGAGGGUGGGAAGGGGACCGGCCUCCUACUUGGUCUGAGAUCAUAG